AUGCCCCUGGGAAGCCAGUCCACUGAAGAAGUAGAUCAGAGCAACUAUGUUCCCAUGACUGCCAACUCUCCAUCACAUCACUCUGACAUUCUGUCCGACGUCAACUACGUACCCAUGACCCCAAGCAAUAUGGAGUUCUCCUCCCUGGGGAAGCAGGUGCCCCCCCCUGCACACAUGGGCUUCCGCUCCAGUCCCAAGACCCCCCCACGACGGCCCAUGAUGAGCGACUGUCAGCCCCCACCUGUGGACCGCAACCUCAAACCUGAUCGCAAAGCAGGGAGGCCAGCGCCUUUGGAGAUCAAACCUCUGCCUGAGUGGGAGGAGCCCUGCACGCCGGUCCGCUCGCCCGUCACACGCACAUUUGCCAGAGAAGAGGAGUCCUUCUACUGCACUGUUCCCAUCACCCCUAUAAAGAGGGAGGUGGAGGAGGUUGAAGCCAUAGAGGAGAACAUGAAGCUUGUUCCGCCCAUGACGUCUGACGGUGGAAGCAGCCCCAUGUCUAAACCAAAAGGAGACAAGCAGGUGGAGUAUCUAGAUUUGGACCUCGAGUCUGGAACGUCCACUCCACCGAGGAAGAUGAAAAGCAACGGGGGAAGCAUGCCGGCAUCAGACGAGCGUGUGGACUACGUGGUUGUGGACAGGCAUCGGACACAGGCUUUGAAGAGCACCCGAGAGGCCUGGAACGAUGGCCGCCAGUCAACAGAGACAGACACCCCCAACAAAGGAACCAAGUGA